AUGAUUAUUUAACAUAAAUCACCUAGAUAAUUGUCCAUAGAGAAAAAUCAUAUCUCUACUAAUUAACAUUUAUCAGAAUAUUUCACAGAAUUCCAAAAUAAAAAGUAUUGUAAAGCCAAAAAAAUAAAUCCACCUUAAGAAUUCAAAGAUAAAAAUCCAAUGUUUAAGCUUGAAUCUUCUAAAUAAGUAUAUGCAUUAACAUUUAUUUAGAUAGAAUACUAUGAUAAAACUACUCAUCACUUAUUAAGACCAUAAACUGCAUGUCUUCCAGAUAAUAAAAGGAUUAGAGAAGGCUUUUUUCAUAAUACUACUUAUCAAAAAUUGCAUGAUGAAAAACCACAUUGUAUUUCAUAUUUAUCUAUUAUUAGUGGAUGAACCAUAUUAAAUGAAAUUAGAUUAUCCUUAAACCAUUAUGGAAGGUACUAAAUUGGAUGCAUCAUCAGAAUAUUAAAGAUAAUAUAAAUCUUUGACUCCAGAUAGAGAUCUCAUUUUUGGAGGAAAAAGCUUAUUUAAGUAAUUCUUAAGUAAUUUAACAACUAUAGUAAUCCAAUAAGUCCAAAUGUAGCACUAUUUCGAUUAAGUGAAUCACAUAGGUUUUUCAAAUCAAUAAAAAUUAAAUAGCAUAGAAUAGUUUAACCAUCGUUAGCAAAAAAACUAGCAUUAGAUACUUCUUUAACAAUACCAAAUAUUCCAUCUUUCUUGGGUUAAUAUGAUAGUGUUACUAAACGUGAUUUUUCAGAAAAAAAAAUCAAAGAAAUCCCAAAAAGAUUUAAAUUUAAUCAACCAAAGUGA